GUUUGAAAGAAACGCCCUCAAAAUGCACUCAGCUUUUGGAUUUGGCAGCAUUUGGGUCUGGGUAUACUGCCUUCAUCUGAAUCACUGUGGCUGUGCUGAAGAAGAAAGGGAGCUGGAUGGAUGUUAUAGAUGGAUGACGGUGAAUCAGUGGAUGCGUCACUAUGGAGGUUUGGUGAUUUGAACGUAAGCUGCAAAAGAUGUGGGCAGUUUCCUUCUCCUUUGAGUGAAUGAAGCUGUCCGUCAGAAGGAACCGCACACAUCACACACAUCUCCUGUCCACUGCUGUCCGUCUCCAAAGCACUUGAGCCGUUGAUCUCAUUCUCUGAAACACACGUUUGAUUCCUGACUGCUGGAAUCACCAAACAGCUAAACUCUGCACAGAUGGAGGACCCCUACAGAGACAAGACGUCUCUGGUCAAAGGCGCUCGCGACAUCGCCAAGGAGGCGAAGCGCCACGCCGUCAAGAAGGUCAACAAAGUGGUGGACCACGCUUCGAACGAAUACUCCAGCCGCAGCUACAGCCGCUUCGAAAACGAUGAAGAUGAGGGCGGUGACGAAGACCGUUACUAUUAUCAGGAUGGCCAGGCUCAGCGGGAGGAUGACGAGGGAUCCAGCGACGCCACCGAGGGCCACGACGACGAGGACGAGAUCUACGAGGGCGAGUAUCAGGGCGUGCCUGCAGGGGGCGGGGUCAUGGAUGGGCGUGGCCAGCCGCCGGUGGAAGGGAUGAAGGACAAGCGAGAGCUGGAGAAGGAGAGAGAGGCGGAUGAGGAGGAGCUGGCGCAGCAGUACGAGCUCAUCAUCCAGGAGUGCGGACACGGACGCUUCCAGUGGCAGCUGUUCUUGGUGCUCGGCCUGGCGCUCAUGUCCGACGGGGUGGAGGUGUUCGUGGUGGGCUUCGUGCUGCCCAGCGCUGAGACCGACAUGUGUGUGCCCAACUCUGGAGCCGGGUGGCUGGGUGACGUAGUUUUUCUUGGCUUGAAAUCUUUUUUUUUUUUUUUUUUUAAAAUGAAAAGCAGUUUGUUGAGCUCGCAGUGUCUGCUGGUGUGUAUGUCAGUCAACGGCUUCUUCGCCUUCCUGUCGUCCUUCGUUCAGGGCUACAGCACCUUCCUCUUCUGCAGGAUGCUCUCGGGCUUCGGGAUUGGCGGUGCGGUUCCCAUCGUGUUCUCGUACUUUGCGGAGGUUCUGUCCCGUGAGAAGCGCGGGGAACACCUGAGCUGGCUCUGCAUGUUCUGGAUGGUAGGCGGGAUCUACGCCUCAGCCAUGGCCUGGGCCAUCAUUCCACACUACGGCUGGAGUUUCAGCAUGGGUUCAGCGUAUCAGUUCCACAGCUGGCGUGUGUUUGUGGUCGUCUGCGCGCUGCCCUGUGUCUCUGCAGUUGUGGCGCUCACCUUUAUGCCAGAGAGUCCACGCUUCUACCUGGAGGUGGGAAAGCAUGACGAGGCGUGGAUGGUUCUCAAACAGAUUCAUGACACAAACAUGCGUGCGCGCGGAGAGCCCGAGAAAGUCUUUACUGUGAACCGUAUAAAGAUCCCCAAGCAGCUGGAUGAGCUGGUGGAGAUGCAGUCGGAGUCGGCAAACCCCGUGGCCAAAGUCUUAUUCAGGAUCAAGAGCGAACUGCGCGGAAUCUGGCUCACGUUCCUGAAGUGCUGGGAUUACCCUGUCAAGGACAACACUGUGAAGUUGGCCGUGGUUUGGUUCUCGCUGUCAUUCGGGUACUACGGUCUGUCUGUCUGGUUCCCUGACGUCAUAAAGCACCUGCAGGCGGACGAGUACGCGUCCCGUGUGAAGAUCCACAACAACGAGAGAAUCGAAGAUUUCACCUUUAAUUUCACCCUGGAGAACCAGAUCCAUAAAAACGGAGUGUUUAUUAACGACAGGUUCAUUGGCAUGAAGUUUAAGUCUGUGACUUUCAUCGACUCCACCUUUCAGAGCUGUUACUUUGAGGACAUCAGCUCCAUCGGUUCUUUCUUCAAGAACUGCACCAUCAUAGAAGCGUUCUUCUAUAAUACAGAUAUUGAUGACUCGAAAUUCAUCGGUUCCUCUGUGAUCAACUCCACGUUUGCGCACAACAAGACUGGCUGUCAGAUGACGUUUGAUGACGACUACAGCGCAUACUGGGUGUAUUUCAUCAACUUCCUUGGAACACUAGCCGUGUUGCCAGGCAACAUAGUCUCCGCCCUCCUCAUGGAUAAAGUGGGCCGUCUGAGCAUGUUAGGCGGCUCGAUGGUGUUGUCCGGCAUCAGUUGUUUCUUUCUGUGGUUCGGCACCAGUGAGUCCAUGAUGAUAGCGAUGCUUUGCCUUUAUAACGGACUCAGUAUAUCGGCCUGGAACUCACUGGACGUGGUGACGGCCGAACUGUAUCCCACCAACAGGAGAGGGACUGGCUUUGGCUUUUGUAAUGCCAUGUGUAAGCUGGCCGCAGUCUUGGGGAAUAUAAUAUUUGGGUCGUUGGUGGGAAUCACGAAAUCCAUCCCGAUCCUGCUGGCGUCGUCUGUGCUGGUCGCCGGAGGUCUGGUGGGUCUGCGGCUCCCCGACACCCGCAACAACGUCCUGAUGUGACCCCACCACACCUGUGACCUCUGACCCUGAGUCGCCACGGAAACACGCAGGACACGCUCAGGGUGCAGGUGGAGGCGACUACGACAUGUUUGCUUUAUUUAUUAAUUUAGAGAGGUUUAUUCUCUUUUGACUUGCCCAGUUUAGAUUAAAACUAGAUUUUGAUGUCUUUACUGUAAAUCAAAUGUUAUGAUGUUAUGAAAUGUAAAAACAAAAAUGUGUUGAAAUCUGUUUUUGGACUGUGAGUUUUUGAC